CUUCCAGGAACCGGAUAACGGGACGCCGAGUCCACUCCUCCAACUUUUGUUUUCUUCUUCCACGCUCCUGCUUGCACCAAUGAGGGGGAAGGGGUGGAGGAAGGCCACGCAUCCGGCGGAGGGUUACCGCUAGCCUGGGGCGGGGGAGAUCGCAGCUCGCUCCGGAGCCCGGCGGAGUGACAGCGCCUGGCGGACGCGGGCAGCCCGGAGACACGUGUAUUUCUGCAGAGUAAUGGUCGCUUAACCAAGAGCCAUGUCCAUGUAUCUGAAACACUUCACUGUUGUGGGAGACGACCCCGUGCAGUGGGGCAAUGACUACAAGAAAUGGGAGGAAGAGCAGGUGGAGGAGGAAGGUGGGCAGAAGCCGGAAGAUUCAACGAUUAACAUGAAUUCCUCAAUCAGACCUCGUUCCUUCCGGGAUGUGAUGAAAAAAGUCUUCAGUUCCCGCAAAUUUCAGAUAUUGGUUGUUUGCUUGGUCAUUUUGGAUGCUUUGUUGGUGCUCGCUGAAUUGCUUCUGGACGUGAAAAUCAUCCACCCAGACAAACAUGAAAUAGCACCAAAGGUAUUUCACUACCUGAGCCUUUCUAUUGUAACCCUCUUUUUGGUGGAAGUUGGGUUUAAAAUAUUUGUCUAUCGCCUGGAAUUCUUUCACCACAAGUUUGAAGUCCUGGAUGGAAUAGUGGUGGUGGUUUCGUUUAUCAUCGAUGUCGUCCUUCUGUUUCGGGAACAUGAAUUUCAAGCGGCUGGACUAUUGAUCCUACUCCGACUGUGGCGAGUGGCCAGAAUUAUAAAUGGAAUAAUUUUAUCAGUAAAGACACGCUCUGAACAACGGGUGUCAAAGCUGAAGCAAGCAAAUCUACAGCUUGCUACAAAAGUUGAACAACUUGAAUACAGCUGCACAGAGAAGACUAAGGGCUCUCUCCCCGCGCUCUGCGGCGACUACACAAGCCACGUUAAAGCACUGCUGCAGCAACGCUUUAACGUUGCCAGUGAAGACGUGCCCUAAGGGAAACAUAAGAGCAACAAUGUUUAUAUAACAAGGCCUCUGUCAUGUACAACUUACAGACAGGUGUACAGUCACCUGAUGAGCCUUCAAAAGGAAAACCACCAAAGCAUUUGGAGGAUGUGAACACACAGCUCUGAAAUUCUGCCUGGCUCAUGCAUCCAGUGAAGGAACUUUGGGGAAAAGAGAGAGUGCCUACUUAUCUUUCCAUUCAUCUACUGACUACAGAAGUGACAUUCAAGGAAGUAGUUGUGGUCUAGUCUAAGAGAAAAAUGUAAUACUUGCAAAGAGAGAUCAGUAUCCCUAUCAAUAGAUGUAGGAGAUAAAGGAUACAAAUGUAACAAAAAUCAAUACGUUAGUUAUUAGUGAAUAGGAAUGAUUUAAUGCAUCCCAGUUUCUUCAAAACUGACUUCCUGACACCAUCUCUCCUACUCGUUGUCCUAUACCAACCCUCAAGUUUCGUUAUUUUCAAAUAAGGUAAAGAAAUGAACUAACUUGCGUUGUACCAACCCAACCAGCAAUUUAAUCUUAUUUUGUGUAUUCCUUCUUCUCCCAAGCAUCCUGUCUCAGACUCAUCCUAGAUUCUAAGCUCCUGGAGACUGUAUCUUGUCUAUGUAAACUGCCACACACAAAUAGUAAAUCUUAAGUAAUAAGAGAUGGAUUUUAUCCCACAGCUCCAUUUUGCAUUAGUGUGCAUUUCCAAUCCAGUUGCAGGAUACCAUGCUGUAUGUUGUAAGACUCUGUUGUCCCAAAGAUCAAGUUUCUUUUCGCCACAUGUUAGCUGAAAGUGUCAUGAUUUCCAAUAGUUUGAGAAGUAGGAGUGAUCUAAUACAUACAUGCCUUUAAUUUAGUACAAAGAGGAAAAACAAUUUGUGUACCUACCCCAAGAACUACAUUUAUGCACACUUGAUUAUCUAAAUUCUUGGGGAGCAAAAGGACAUCACUACUGUUAAGCAGAGUACGUGUUCCACUCAGAGACUGGACAGUUAUGGUCUGGAGAGUAACAUUAACCUGAAACAUAAACAAGUGUCAUUUCUGAAUACUGGGUAUAACUGAACUUUAAGGCACAUACUAUGAUCCUGCCUGGAUGACUGAUACUUUUUCCUGUUUAAAAGAACUCCAGCUGUUAUCAUUCGGAAGUCUUAGAACAGCGGCUUCCUGGAAAGUAGUAGUUUGCUUCCUAGAGACAGGAAGCUACAAGCGUUUGUCUGCACCCUCGAAGGGCAUGCUCUAAAAUCCUCAAGCGCUAGCCUGAGGUUUCUGUUCCAGAGGGACAGAACAAUGGUCUUGUUACAUGAUUGCUGAACACCAGUCAGAUGUUCCAUGUUUAAUAGCAACUAUGAGCUAACCUAGAGUCUAUAAUUAUACUUGGGUGGGGAUUCAAUCACCAGAAUUAAUAAAUCAUCUCAGAGAGUAGCUCCAAGCUCUUGAGCACCCUUUCACUUGUUAACUGUACCAUUGCUGACAGAAGACAGGCUAACUGGCUUAAACUGCAUAUUUUGCUUGGAUUAAACAGCAAGAGUGAAAUCUUGGCCCUGCUGAAGGCAAUCAUAAAACUCCCAUUGACAUCAGUGGAGCCAGGAUUUCAUCCCAAGUGUGUCUCAUCUAAGAAAUAAUGUUACUUACCAGCUGACUUGACUUAGGUACCUAGGGGAGGGAACAAAAACAAGCUAUUUCAAACAACAGCUAAAUCAUUAGCAAAAAAUAGCAAAUAAAUAAAAAGGUAAGUGGUUAAGACUUAA